AUGGGGCUCCUCGGAAUGUUCAAGCGGAAGAAGGCGGUGCCCGACGGCGCUCGCCGCAACCCGCUUCCGGCCAACUGCGCGGGCGGCCCAGAGAACGCAGCGCCGGGCCCGGCGGCCCCGCUGCGCACCGGGCUCGACGCCGCGCAGCAGGCGCACGCGCCAGUCAUGGGCGGGCGUUCCUUCAACACCCCCAAGGGGACGGAGGCCGAGCUCCACGACACCGCGAAGACGAUCCACGACAGGAACAGCGGCACCGGCACCACGCUGACUUUUCCCGGGGAGGGGGUGUCCGGGUCCGGACACGGGUCGCGGGGCGGCGUCCCGCGCGGCCAGCUGGUGCGGUGCGAGGCGACGCCGGAGAGGGGGCGGCGGGUACGGUCGUCGCAGGUCAAGUGGUGGAUUGUUGGGCCCGACUGCCCGGACGACGUGGCGCGCGCGGACUGGUCGGUGCACCAGUUCACGCCCGUGAAGAAGAUCGGGAAGGGCGCGAAGUCGCGCGUGUGGCACGCGGUGGAGAAGUCGCUGGGGCGGACGGUGGUGCUCAAGGUGUACGACCUGCGGCAGAUGCACGCGACGGAGGUGGAGCAGCUGGAGCGGGAGGCGGAGAUCCACGCGCAGCUGUCGCACCCGAACGUGCUGCAGCUGUGGGCGGCGUUCCAGGACCAGGUGGCGUGCUACUUUCUGCUGGAGAGCGCCGACCAGGACCUGUACCACAUGUACCCGCGGAUCUCGCAGACGGACGAGCGGGUGAUGGUGCAGAACGUGAUCUUCCCGACGGUGGACGCGCUGGCGUACUGCCACAGCAAGGGCGUGCUGCACCGGGACAUCAAGCCGGAGAACCUGAUCUUUGGCAAGGACGGGCGGAUCCGGCUGGCGGACUUCGGCUUCGCGAUCGACGUGCACGAGCGGCGGCCGGUGACGCGGCUGGGGACGCUGGAGUUUAUGGCGCCCGAGGUCAUCGCGUGCGGGCGGCGGCCGGACGGCACGGUGGCGCACCGCGACAAGCGCACCCCGUACGGCGCGCCGGCGGACGUGUGGUCGGUCGGCGUGAUCGCGUACGAGCUCUUCGCGCGCCGCACGCCCUUCGUCGGCUCCACGAAGGACGAGACCUCCAAGCGCAUCGAGCUGGGCGAGGUCUCGUACCCCACCUGGGCGUCGACGCCGGCGGUGGACUUCAUGCGCCGCUGCAUCGCGCUCGACGUGACGAAGCGCGCGCCCAUGCGCGCCCUCCUCUCGCACGCGUGGGUCACGCGCCACGUCAGCAAGGACGCCAUCACGGAGGCCAACCGCCGCCUGAUGGCAGCGCAGCUCUCCGCGAGCCCCGUGCGGCCCCAGACGACCUCGGCGCACGGGCCCGCGUCCCAGGCGCUGUCGCGGGCGUGCAUGAAGCAGCGCGCGGAGAGCCUGACGCUCCCCGCGCUGACCAACAACGUUGACGCGGGGGGUGUCUCCAAGGCCGUGCUGCCCGUCGACAGGCGGCAGACGUCGCCGCUCAAGAUCCCGCAGGCGCCGCGGGUGCGGCGCGCCACGAUCGCCGCGGCCGGCAGCCAGCCGCUGCACUCCUCCGCGCAGGAAGAGGACCGCCGCCACUACAUGGCACCGCGCCGAACCGACGUGCAGCAGGACCACUUCACGCCGGGCCCGCGCGCCGGCGCGGCCACCUCGAUGACCGCGAACCUGCCGUCUCGGCUCAGCCGCGUGUCGUCAGCAGUCGGCGCCCAGCGGCCCGACCUGGCCACGUCGCCCACGCACCACUCAGCGCGGACGCUCGACGCCUCGGGCAGGGGCGCAGCGACGGCGCAGAACAGCUGGUCGCUGCGCGGGGGGCACUCGGUCUCCGGGGAGGGGCUGCAGCACAUUCCCGAGUACGGCAUUGCCGGGAGGUCUGGGCUUGAGGUGGUGCAGGAGGGCUGCGACGUGCCCGUGCCGAGCGGCACGAUCUGGGAGGAGGAGGGCAAGUCGCUGACGCCGCACCGCGCGGCCUCGCUGCAGCCGCUGCGGCGAGUGGCGGAGCAGAGCCUGCGGGCGGCGACGGCGAGCAGCGGCCUGUACCCGCAGUCGCCUGGGUCGGAGAGGUCGUCGACGGCGCCGUCGGUCAACGGCUUCGCGACGAGCGAGUCGCUCGUGUCGCGCGUGGCCAGCGACACCCACGGGGAGCACCCGGCGGGCCCGGUGCGCCACCGAGUGGUCUCCCAAGCAGUUGACGGCAAGGCCUGA